CCCGCCCGGCAGAAGCGGCUCGGUCGAUCCGGCCACGACCGAGGUGGGCGAGGCGCCGCCGCCUCGCCCGGGACAAGUCCGGGCGGCUCUCCCUCCGCCGGGUGCCGGGUCCGGAACCAGGGCGGCCGGCCGCCGCAGCAGGCCUCUGGCUCCUAAGGAGGAAGACAAAAAAAACACAGCCCGCCCGCCGACGCGGGUCCCCGGCUUAAGGCCGAGGAAGGGGGACGGCUUAACGAGGCGGGCUGGGGACGGGGUGCCGCCACCCCGACUCCGCAAGCCCACCGGGCGACUGCCGCCGAAGGCGGACCGGCGGCCCAAAACCGCGCCCGCCGAGCGGGCCCCGGCAAGGCCGGGCGGAAGAAGGGACGAGGCGCCGCCGCCUCGCCCGCCACCGCUGCCCGGGGAGGGGCCGCCCCCACCCUUGCGGAUCGGCCGGCAGAAGCCGGGCCGGGACACCCUCGCGGGGCUUCUCUCUUUCUCUCGCCCUCUUCGCUCUGCCUCGCCUCGGCCGGCCAGCGCCUCUCGGAUCGUCUUUUCCGCCCUUCUCUCUCGCCAUCCUCUCUCGCUCUCUCUCUUUCUCUAUCGGCGUGGCCCUUCUCUCUCGGCCUCUCCACAUCCGCCCUUCCGCGGGCCCGUCUCUCUCGCCUCUCCCAACUCGUACCCGACUUCCCCGGGCAGGACGGGAACCGGGACCAAGCCACGCGACUCGUCCCGGCCAGACGGGCCCAACUCGCUUCACCCCGGCGACCGCACGCGCGGCCGCUCCGCUCCGCCUCGGACAGCACAGACGCGUAGUCAGCCUGCGGGGAUGCGGCCCGUCGCCUCGCUCCCAUCAUACGGACAGACGAGUCCAAAGCCGCCCACGCCUCCAAGAGGACCCACGGAGCUCCACCGGGAAGAGGCGCCGCCGCAGGCCGCCUCCUACGAUGACGCAGCCGGAGGCGGCCGACACCAGCGACCCCUUGGUGGACUUCCGCAGCCGGCCGCGACAACAGAGGACCGAGGGAGCUCGAGCGGGAAGGGGCGCCGCUGCAGGCCGCCUCCUACGAUGACGCGGCCGGAGGCGGCCGACAACAGCGACCCCUUGGUGGACUUCCGCCGCCGGCCGCGACAACAGGUCUACCCGGCGCCCGCCGAAAUUUGA